AUGGAAGAGUGUUGGAUGCCAACUUCUGCGUCUGCGUCUGCGUCUGCGUCUGAAUUCGAACCAUGCAAUGGUAUUAAACGUGGAAACUUUGCCCAAGACGAAGAAGACCUUAUCAUCAAGCUCCAUGCCCUCCUUGGCAACCGGUGGUCACUUAUAGCUGGAAGGUUGCCAGGACGUACAGACAAUGAGGUCAAGAACUAUUGGAAUUCUCACAUCCGAAGAAAGUUACUUCAAAUGGGAAUUGAUCCAAAUAACCACAAGAUACACCAUAGUGUUCCUAUUCCACAUACCCAUGGCCACCGUGUUUCAAAUGCCAUUGAACCAUCAUCAUCUGGGUCCAUGCACAAAGAACAGAGAGACCAUUUCAUCAAAUCCUAUGCUUCCACAAAUGAGAGGAUUUCAGACACAUAUAGUUGCCUUGUUGAAGAACCAACACUGGUUUCUUCAGCAUCCCAUUUGAAUCUUGACUUAACCAUUGCUUUCCCUUCACCUAAACCAGCUCUUGUGAAAGAUAAGUCUAAGCCAACUUCUGUCUGCACGAACACAAGUAACAGUGAUGAGGAUCCCGUUCUUACCCUUCCUUUGUUUCAAUGA